AUUUCCAUCAGUUUCAGUAUGCUGUUGCCCCCUCAAACUUUAAAGGAAUUGCUGUACAAGCAAAGCACGUCAGAUCUCGAAUAAGUAAUGAGUGCUCCACUCAGGGAAACUCGGUAGAAACUGGGAUGGGACAUUUGGAAAAAUGAUGGCUUCCUUUUUCUGUACGUAACUAGGGAUUGAUUGAGGUUUUUUUUAUCAUCAUGGCAAUACAUGUGGGAUGUACCGGAGUUUGACUGUUGCAUUCCUUGAAGCAGGGGCAUUUGUCGACCAAUUGAAGGUUUCUAGGUUACGUAAUGUAUCUUAACUAUACUCAAAAGGAAGCAAUGAAUACAGUCUGUGUUUGGAUUUGUGUUAAAUAGCCCUGUGAAAGUUUGCAGUUGUUUUUUUGAGAGAAUGGCCUUGGACCAUUAAAUCUGAAAGCAUUUUUGCAGAGGAGAGAGGAGAACCAUUUGUCUGAAUCCCAAGCACCAUGAACUAGAAGAAAAUUGUUGUGCCUUACCUAAGCACUAGCAUGAACAACGUUGCUAUGAUGAUCUUUUGCCGAUGUAGGACAUCAUCUACUAAAUCCUUUGCUGUCUCUUAGCAGCAACAACAGUAAGAAUGAGCAAUGCUGUUGCUUUAUAAAUUAGCAGCACUUGUCCAUCCUGCCGUUUCCAAGCACUUGUCGACUUGGUAGCAAAAAGCUUUCAGGUACAGGUAUACAUUUCACGUCAUAGUUAUAAAUGGAAUGUGGAAUCCCAGCAAAGUUCCAACUCCUCUUUCGAGCCUGUGAAGAGGGUGAUUAUGAAACUGCCCAGCGCCUCCUGGAGCCUGCUCCACGGGAAACCUGUGUGGAGUCUGGUGUGGCAACCAGGCCUCGUUCAGCUACCAGUUCUGCUAGUGGAGCAGAAAGCUCAGUACAUGGCUCAGUGGCUGUUCCAGUUGACUGCACAGAUGAGGAUGGGAAUGCAGCACUGCAGUUUGCAGCAGGCAGUGGAUGUGAAAAACUGGUUUGCUUUCUGCUAAGAAAAGGAGCCUCUGUGGACAACAGGAACAAUUACGGCUGGACACCGCUUAUGCAAGCUGCAAGGUUUGGUCAUCAAAACGUGGCUACUAUUCUGCUGGAAAAUGGUGCCGAUGUGAAUGCCAAGAACAGACUUGGAGCAAGUGUGCUUACCAUGGCUUCGAGAGGAGGGCAUGUGAGUGUGAUGAAGAUGCUUCUGGAAAGUGGUGCCUUUGUAGACGACUAUGACCAUUUUGAUGUUCCCUUGGUAAAUGGCAGUCAUGGUGGAAGGGAGCUGUCAGACAUAAUUCCUGUCAUGACAACAGCACAGCAUGGACAUGAAGCAGGAUUGUGUCUUCUUCUGGAAUGGGGUUCUGAUCCUAAUUACAGUAUCAGGACUACAGGCUGGAGCCCUUUGAUGCUUGCAGCCUUGAAUGGAAAAGUAAGUGUGGCACAAUUGUUGAUAGACAGAGGAGCAGAUCCUGACCACACCAAUGUAUUGGGCAAGACUGCCUUUGAGACUGCUCUUGGUGUCAAACACAAAGACAUGAAAAACUGUUUGGAUGCAGUCACCACCAUAAGACCCAAAUCAGAUGAUGAAAAAAGAAGACCAGAUAUUUUUCAGGCACUAAAACUUGGAAACUCCAAGCUAGUGAGAGAGAUUUUGGAUGAGGAUGCCAGUCAAGUUAAUACUGUGAAUGGGGAUGGAGCCUCACCUCUGAUGAUCGCUGCUGUGACUGGACAGCUGGAACUUGUGCAGCUACUUGUGAAUAGGAAUGCAGACAUCGACAAACAGGAUAGUGUCCAUGGCUGGACAGCACUGAUGCAAGCAACCUAUCAUGGAAACAAGGAAGUUGUGAAGUAUCUGUUGCACCAAGGAGCAAAUGUAAAUUUGCGGGCAAAGAAUGGGUACACGGCCUUUGACUUGGUUAUGCUGCUUAACGAUCCAGAUACAGAACUUGUACGCUUACUUGCAUCAGUGUGCAUGCAGAUUGACAAGGAGAAAAGCAAAAUAAAGCCUAAGUCAUCUCUGCAGCGUUCUCGAAGUAGGCAGUCACUGAAUAUACCAUCACCACCAGAUGACAAGGGAGGACUAAAGUCAUGGUGGAAUAGGAUGUCAAACAGAUUUCGAAAGUUAAAGUUGACUCGAACAUUACGCCAUGGAUUUUCUACAAGUCGGCUUGUGCCAUUCCCAGAUGACUCAUCCCUGGAUUCAACAAUGAGGGCAGCAUCAAAAAGUGAUUCAGGAAAUGAGUCACCUGUUGUCUUUCCUCCAAUCCUAGGAAACAAUGACGUCCCCAUUGCCUGGACAGCAAAGAGUAAAGACUGUGGGCUAGGACGUAUGGCAGCAGAAAAAGAUGAUGCUCUCCUAACAACCAUGCUCAGAAAUGGAGCUCCCUUCACUCAUCUCCCUACCGAUAAACUGAAAGCUGUUAUCCCACCUUUCCUUCCUCCAUCCAGCUUUGAACCCUGGAGUUCUGACCGAUCCAGAAUAGCUAAAGAAGUUAGAAUUGAACAGGCAAGGCCAGCAGUACCCCAGAGACCAGGAAAAUCCAAUUUUAACAGUAGUGGAAACUCAGACAUAACUUCUGUGAGCCGUGCAGGAAGACCAGUCAAAUUUCCAUCUAUGAGGAGAAGCCCUACUUCCCUCUGCAACUCAGGAAAUUUAAAUUACUCCCCGCAUUCUUCUGGUGGGUCUAAUGGCAUUGCUGGUGUUAGUAGGCAUGGUGGAGACCCUCACAACAGAUCAGGUGGCAGCGCUGACAGUGUUUUAUCACAGAUUGCAGCUCACAGGAAGAAAGCAGCAAGCUUGUCUGAACCAAAACCAAACUGUUCUGGUAGUCCUCAGUCUCCUCAGGAACCUAACCCACUUGACCUACAUUCAGUAGAACCAGUAACCAAGAAUCAGUCUGAGAAGAAAACAGAAAUGGUAAAGAGACCUUCAUCUGGAAAUUCAUGUACAUCCAAGAGUACAUCACCUACACUGACUCCAUCCCCAUCACCUACACCCAAAGGUCCCCAGACAGAAUCAUCAAUUUCUUCAUCAUCUUCCCAUAAACAUUCCAGGAGCAGUGGUGGGUCAAGCAGUGGGACUAUUACUGAUGAGGAUGAGCUCACUGGAAUCCUGAAAAAGCUAUCACUGGAAAAGUACCAGCCUAUUUUUGAAGAGCAGGAGGUGGAUAUGGAAGCAUUCUUGACACUGACAGAUGGUGAUUUGAAGGAGCUGGGAAUAAAGACUGAUGGACCAAGGCAGCAAAUUCUGGCAGCCAUAUCUGAACUCAAUGCUGGAAAGGGACGUGAAAGACAAAUCUUACAAGAAACUAUACACAACUUUCACUCUUCCUUUGAGAGCAGCGCCAGCAAUACCCGAAGACCACAAGGUUAUGGACAUGGUGCUUCUGGCUGGACACAGCACCAAGUACCAACCUCAAGCAAGUAAUGAGAUAUGGUCAACAAGGCAAAAAAGGUGAAGCAUACAAGUGUGUGUUGCAUCAGCCUAGAUGAAUGGAAGAUGUCGAUGCCCCAGUGAACUUCAGUGCAUGUCAUGUAGGAAGGAGCUGAAAGGGGUAUCCUUUCCAAUAGUGUGCAAGAGCUGGGAGCAGACAGCAGAAAUAUCAGUCUACAGAAAUUACAGAAUAUUUCUGUGGGAGGAAGAACUACCAGUCUUGUAGUGGAUAAAUGAGAAGAAAAGAACCAGAACUGCUCCCCCAACAAACAUUCCUUCAAAAUAAGUUUUUGAAUUUGAGAGCAAGUUACUAAGACGUCUGUUUCCAUCCCUGCUGGUUAAGACUGAUAAGUCCUUUAUUUUUGUUAUGUGAUCGAAUAAUGUCUGGUCUGGUCUGGUUAACUGAAGAAUUCCAGUAAUUCAGCAGUGGAACAGAAGAUUGCAUUUAAUUUCUACAAACUGAAGUCUUCAGAACUGCACAGGCCUUCAUUCAGUGUGUAAAGUCAAAGACUGAAGUUUAUGUAUAUUUUGUAUCUGAGAUCAGAGUCUCUGUAUAGUCAGUAAAGUUUUGGAUUUUUUUCUUUUAUCCUGAACUUAACUCUUGAGAAAAGCUCCGGUUUUCUUACUCAAAGGCAUAUGAAUGCGCUGCCUGUGAACACAUUAUAACAUCCGUUCUUAUUGCUCCUAGCACUCUGGAUCCUAGUCAUAAUGCAGGUUAUAAGAAUGUUCGCAUUCCUAACGUCUGAAGAAGAGCAUACAUUUGAAGUGCCCCAAAAAAGUGUUCUGCUUACCAGUCAGGACUCACAACUGCACUGUUUGCACUGCCAGCACUUUGUCAGCCACAAGUAGAAGGUGUGAAAAGCUAGAGGCCUACACUAUCUCCUUCAAGAAAACCUUCCUUGUAAGGUGGUAGAUGGAGGGAUCAGCACAAGGAUCCUUGUUCUGAUCCUGGGCUAGGGUCAGACAGAAGAAAAAAAAUGGUUAAAGCCAUCUUCUUCACAGUCCAUACCUGCAGUAUCAUGAGGUUCAUGCUAUUUCUGUGUUUCUAUGGGUCUGAAUUUGUGUCUGGCAUCAGCUGAAAAGAGGUGCAUAACAGAUGUCUCCCAGCAACUACCCUUGAGUCUUGAGGUUGCUGAACUACCCAUCCCAUACUUGAUUAUACAGAGCUGCGCUGUGACUGGCCAGUUUGAUCAGAGUUAGUUGCAUAGUAGAGGCUUGGUGAUUGAACUCUGAUUCAUUGGAUCCAUUCUUAUUGCUUCUAUCCAGGCUAAGUAUAGCUUACCAGCUAGUUCUCCCACCCCCCCAUUGGACUAAUGGAAAUGAACAUGAAAUUGAAAAUGCAUGACUUGUAUGACCUCUGAUGGGUUUGAUUACUUUGGGUGCAGGAGCAUACUGUUAGGGUGCACAAGCUGUUGCUAAUGCAAACUCCCAUGUAGGUCUAUUAUGAUCCAGUGCUACCUGCACAGUGCAUCCCCAAGUCACUAGAGAAUCAUCAAGUGACAUACAGCACCUGCCAGACAUUCACUCAUUGCCUGUAGUGUUGGGUAAGAAUGGGCUGCCCCCAUUUCAGAGCUGAGUAAAAGAAAUUAAGUAACUUUACAUCUGAUCUGAUGUUGUUAAUCUUCAUUCAUUCCUUUCUGAUGGAUGUCUGUUCCAUCCUAGGAACUGAGUCAGCCUUAUAAACAAGCUCGUGCCAGCGAAAAAACUCAUGAGUUAAGCUUUACCCAUAGUGCCCCUCUCCCUGUUACCUCAGAUCUUGUUUGCUGCAUAGCCAUCAAGACGUGUCAAGCCAGCUCUCAGCUAAGUACUAUAAAAAUUAUUAUUCUAAAACCUCUUUUUUCCACAGAAUUUCUCUCGUUUGCUCUCUGUUCAACCACCUUGUGACAUUUGUAAGGGGUUCAGUUCUCGUACCCUAAACGAGAGGAAAAACAAACUGACUCUUAAAGGCCUAUUAAAAACACAUUUUUCAGAGGCUAUUUCUGGGGCCUUAGGGCUCAGUCCUCCAAAGAAAGAACACAAAAAAAGUUACUCUGUUCCUUCUUCACCUCUUUCUGGUGAUGGAAAGUCUGACCCCAAGUCAAAAAUUCCUAAAAUGGCACCAACGACUUCGGCUCUGGGGCCUCAACCGCCCUCCAUGGUGUUGUCCUCAGUUCUGAAGCCUCGUGUAUCCACUUCGGUGCCAUCUUCAAUAACUUUGACCCUGGCACUGAUAAUAUCUACUGCACCAACAAUGCCUUCAACUAGCACUUCAGCUCCAUCCUGUUCGGCACCAACAAUAGUAAAUCCAGCACCGGUCACUUCCCCCCUUCCCUGUACAUGUUACUGGUCUUGAGACCACGGUGCCGAUAGGAGAGCCUGCCCCUCGGACCCGAUACUCUCCCAUUACAGAUACUUUCUUUGGGCAACAAUAUAGCCCUUUUUUGGAAUGGCCAAAUUCUCAGUCGGGGAUAUCAACACGAUCUUCUAGGAGUCUCUCGGAAUUGGAUGUGGUGCGUCUUGUGGAUCAGCUGCUGGCAGCCAGAGGGAUUUCAACACCUUCCAGAACUCCCCUCCCAACCGGGGGUGGGAGUUUUUUCCAUGGACUCCUACAUAUUCUACUCCUUUAACCUCCUUGCAGGUAUCGAAGCACUCGGCACCACCUUCUUCACUUCCCACUCCUUUGGUUCCACUGGGUGGACCUCACUGUGGUUCUGGAGCUGACUCUUUGGUCUUCAGCUCGCUUGGAACCAAGUCAUCCUCAGGAUCAUGACUGGACUGCGAGCACCGUGACCCCUAGUACAGCACCAAUUUUUUGUAUGGUGCCAUCUUCUACUGUUCCAGGAGUCUUGGUAGUACCAAGUCCUCUUUGGGCUUGUUCCGGGUUCCCAUCUUUCUUCAGGUGGGCCAGCUUUCCAAGCGGUAGAGAGGGCCCUUGCCUCUGUAGGCAAACCAUCGGAAUACCAGAUAUGUCUUCCUGCUGAACCGCAGCUGACACAGGCCACCACAUCAGGACAUUGAGCACAAGAGCCUCAAGAUACCCUAGUGGAGAGUGCCCUCUCUUCAGAAGCCCCCACUGAAGAGGUACCAUGUAAGAGAUCGUGCAAGAGGAACCACGUGGAUUCCCCUGAAGAGUCCCUCACCAAAGAUACAGACUACGAUGAGGGGGAGAGGUCCCCAUGGUCGCCCCCUUAGGCUGUCUCCUAUGGAGAUGUGCUGGAAAUUUUAAAGCAGUGGGGAGACUAGAAGGCCACCAACCCUUCCUCUGAGAAGUCUGUAUUCUUGGAGGCUUUUCGUGCUGACCCUCUUCUUCUUGGGUGACCCUGCCUGCAGACAAAUUAGUCCAACUCGUCGUGUUGCGUGCAUGGAAGAGUCCUGAUACUGUUGAAUCAAUCCCCCGGAGACCAGACAAAAUUUUGUCCCUGCUUGAAGGAAGUCCACACUGGUCCAAAGGCCUACCAGUAGAUGUUAUGGCGGCGGUGGCCACUAAGAAAGAGCACGCCGAGGAGAGUCAGAGUGUCCACCCCCCAAACAGGGAGUCUCGGGCAGUGGACAGGUUAGGGGAGUGAGUGUUUGCCUCAUUGACCUUUGCCAUUCGGUCCUUGAACUACUUGGUACACUUUACAAGGCUUCAGAGAGACCUAAUCUUGGAACUUUCCAGAACCUUAGCAGGAGCACUUUCUGAAGAAAUACGAGACAAAGUUGCCUCACAGCUUGCGACCCUGGAGUCUAUAUCCAACUUAUCCAUGCAGUUAAUCUGUCACACUACCAAAGGGGCGGCUAGGGCUACGGGUUCAGGUGUUGUCAUGAGACGUCACACCUGGAUGUGGCUUUGCAGACCCUUUUAAAUCUUCUUUUCUUAAUGUUCCAGUGGAAACUUGUUCCUGUUUUGGCCCAAAAGUGAAAGACAUGUUGGCCAGGUGUGAAAACGACGGCAGUACCCUGUCUGCCAUGGGUUUAUGUUUUUGA